AUGGCGCCCGACCUCCAGUCCAGCAAGAUCGCCUUCAUCGGCGGCGGCAACAUGGCAGCCGCCAUCAUCGGCGGUCUCCUGGCCAAGUCCAUCCCCAAGCAGCACAUCACCGUCGCCGAGCCCUGGGAGGUCAACCGCGACAAGAUGGCCGCCCUCGGCGUCAACACGACGACCUCCAACGCCGACGCCUUUGCCGACGCCGACAUUGCCCUGCUCGCCGUCAAGCCCCAGGUCGCCAAGGGCGUGUGCGAGGAGCUCGCCGCCGCCGUCGCCGGCCGCGACCGCCUGCCCGUCGUCGUGUCCAUCGCCGCCGGCAUCACCCUCGACGCCCUGCAGAAGUGGCUCACCCUGCCCGACGCCAGGGUGCCUCACGUCGUGCGCGUCAUGCCCAACACGCCCGCCCUCGUCGGCGAGGGCGCCUCGGGCCUCUUCGCCGGGAGCGACGUCACCGAGGAUGAGAGGCAACUGACCGAGUCGCUCAUGGCGAGCGUCAGCAAAGCCACCGAGUGGGUGGACAGGGAGGAGCUCAUUGACGUCGUCACCGGCCUGUCUGGCUCCGGCCCCGCCUACUUCUUCGCCAUGGUCGAGCACCUUAUCGCCAGCGCCGUCGGCCUCGGCCUGUCCCCCGAGCAGGCCAAGCGCCUCGCAGCCCAGACGUGCCUUGGCGCCGGCAAGAUGCUCGUCGAGUCCCCCGAGGCGCCGAGCCAGCUGCGCAAGAACGUCACGAGCCCGAACGGCACCACGCACGCCGGCCUGCAGAGCUUCGAGGCCUCGGGCUUUGCUGACGUCGUCGACAAGGCCGUCAAGGCUGCGACGGCGCGAGGCGAGGAGCUCGGCAGGACGCUGGGCAACCAGUGA